AUGUGCGGGCCUACAGGUCGUAGUGUCUGCGUUAUACCCUCGUGCUGCAAACAUCGCAAAGCACAGAAAAGAAAAGGAAAACCCGACUACUACACGGAUAUUAUGACCUAUUCCGUGCUCGCCGCCGUAGUACAGGAUGGAGACAUUCGGGAACUGUUGAAAAUUCUCUAUAACCGCGAGGACGCUGUAGACAUCGACCAGAAGAACCACGUCGGCCUCACCGCGCUGCACCAUGGAGUCCUCAGCAACAACCUAGACACCGUCAAGAUCCUCCUGUCGCACGGCGCCCAGGUGAACGUCCCGGACGUGCACGGGCUCACGUCGUUGCACACUGCGGCGGCAUGCGGAUUCUUACAGAUCGUCAGCCUGCUCGUGUUGUUUGGCGGGGACGUCUUCUGCAUGACGCGGGAGCUCGAGCUGCCCAUCGACCUGGCGAAGGACGUGAACGUCGUCAGGCUGUUGUCGCAGGAGAUGACCAGACGGCUCCAUUCGGAGGUGUACGUCUCCUCGUAUCUUCUCAGGAAAGUGUUCGAGUUGUGGAUACUGUUUAAGAGGCUUCUGGCGUGGAUAUUGAUCACCAUUGUUAGAAAGGUGAUACAGGUGUGGAAUAAUUUCAAAAUGAAACAGGAGUGA